UCAUAGAUUGCACUUUAUUGCUCUUGAUUGGCUCCCCAGAACCGCCCAGGGUUUGAAGGACAUGCAGUUGGUCGGCUAAUACAUUACGAGGACGUAUGCGACGUUAGGUUGGUUCUCUUCCCCCACUCUUUCUGUCUCAGGUCUGGAUGCUGCWKGCUGUGUCCAGGCUGAGUAGAGCAGCGGUGCGAGUGAGGAGAGUGGCCGCCCAGGUCCAGGUCACCACUGUAACCAUGGCUCAGAAUCACCAGAGCUGCGGUAYCUCCUGUCAACAGAAAGGGGGUGCUGUCACAGCAGCCAUCCUCAUCAUCGGGGAUGAGAUACUCAAGGGUCACACGGUGGACACUAACAGCGCCUUCCUGUCGCGAGCGCUGAGGAAGCUGGGAGUGUGUGUCCAGCGUGUCACAGUAAUCCCUGACCAGCAGGAGGUCAUCUCGAAGGAGGUGGCCCUCCUGGCCCCACAGUACACACACCUGCUCACCUCUGGGGGAAUAGGCCCCACCCACGAUGAYGUCACCUUYGAGAGYGUUGCCAUGGCRUUCGAGGAGGAGCUGCAUGCCCACCCGGAGCUGACCCGUUUGGUGGAGGAGUUCUUUGGGGUAGUGGAUAGGGAGAGUGCAGCCAUGAAGCUAGCCAUGGUCCCCCGCUCGGCCAAGCUCAACUACGGCACUGACCCUCAGACUGGACAGCCACUACGCUACCCACUGGUGAGUGUGCGUAACGUCUACAUCUUCCCUGGGAUCCCGUCUCUGUUGGAGAGAGCCUUCAACGGUCUGGAGCACCUGUUCGCUGGCUCAGGGACCACCUUCCACACACGAGAGGUGAUUGUGGAUGCAGAUGAGGCGUUGAUCGCCCCGGUGCUGACCCGCCUGCAGGCGGGCUGGGGGAAGAGGGCGGCUCUGGGCUCCUACCCUGACUGGCUCAGUAACUACCACCGGGUCAGGCUGGUGCUGGAUUCAGACAGCUUUGAGGAGGUGGAGAAGGCCCGGGCUCAGCUGCUGGAGGAGAUGCCCAAAGGCAGUGUGGUUCCCCUGGUCACGGACCCUGUGUCCAUCGCUACUGAGGAGGUCUACACACUGGCCAACAGCGGCACGCCGCUGGGUGAUAAAGUGGCAAACGCUCUGAAGACCAUAGAGACUGCUCUGGAUCAGUAUUCGGCAGGGGAGAUCUGUGUGGGCUUCAAUGGAGAAGACUGCACUGCUCUACUACAUCUAUAUUACGCUGCACUGAAACGGCGGUAUCCGGAGGGUAAGGACAAGGUAAAGGCUCUGUACAUUCGCAUCGUCUCUCCCUUCCCAGAGAUGGAGAGAUUCCUCCAGGACACAAUAAAGAGGUAUGACCUGGAGAUUUUCUCAGUGGAGGGCAGUAUUCGGCAGGCAUUGAGUGAUGUACAGGAGAGGAGGCCGGAGCUGAGAGCUGUGUGUAUGGGCACCAGGAGGACUGACCCCUACUCACACACACUCACACCCAUGUGUCUCACUGACCCUGGAUGGCCGGACUACAUGAGGGUCAACCCCCUGCUGGACUGGACGUAUCAUGAUAUCUGGUCAUUCCUGAGGACGCUAUAUGUGCCCUACUGUAUUCUAUAUGAUAAAGGGUACACCUCAUUGGGCAGCAUGGACAACACAUGCCGAAACCCCGCUCUCCAAGUGGUGGAUGGGAGGGGCGUGAGCCGCUAUAGACCUGCCCACCUCUUGGAGAAUGAGGAAAUGGAGCGCGACUCACGUGAAUGAUGUCACUUCCUUGUUUGUAAUGUCAUGUCCUGAUCUUUUAUCCGCCCCUCCUGAUUGGGGCUCCAGGUAAGAGAUGCUUGUAGGGACAGACCUAGGAUCAGCAUAUCCUCCUCAAAUCCCAACCUUAACCAUUAGACAAAACUGAACAUACAGGCAACUUCUGAAGAGAGGAACAGGAAGGAAGAGGAGAGUGAAAGAAAGAGGGAACGGAUUGAGGAAAGUGGAACAGACAAAGAACCAGAGAAUGAUCGCAGAAUGAGUGAAUUUUGAAGGAAACGUGUGUCUGAGUGUAUGUCUGAGUGGCUUAGAAUCUAAUGAUAUGGAUUUACAUGGUUUGAAAUAAAAUAUCAAUCUGUCACAA